AAUCAAUAGCUAAAUAAUAUCUCAUUGGAUCUUAUUAUAGUUUAUCCCAAAAAACUCAUUGUUUUUACUGACAUGGUCUUAUGCUUCUUAAAGUUAGUAAACAACAGAAGUAAGAGAGGACAAAGAACAGUUAUUUAAGUGAUAUCUCAUAUGUUUCUGUUUCAUAAAGAAAAAUUGUAACGAAGCACAAGAUUGGAAGCAACACUCUGUGGUUCAGUGAUGGCUUUCACACUAGACAGGUGUGAAGAUAACAUGGUGUUCACUAUGGAGUCUCAGAAGUCAGUCCCUGCUCCCUUCUUGACAAAGACAUACCAGCUUGUUGAUGAUCCUCACACUGACCACAUUGUGUCUUGGGGUGAUGAUGAAGCGACAUUUAUUGUGUGGAGGCCACCUGAGUUUGCUAGAGAUCUUCUUCCCAACUAUUUCAAGCACAACAACUUCUCUAGCUUUGUUAGGCAGCUAAACACCUAUGGUUUCAAGAAGAUAGUUGCUGAUAGGUGGGAGUUUGCAAAUGAAUACUUCAGAAAAGGAGCUAAGCACCUUUUAUGUGAAAUCCACAGGAGAAAAACCCCACAUCACUAUCAACAAAACUACCAUGAAGUCCAACUCCAACCACCACAGUUUCUUCAGCCAGCUGAUGAAAGUUUCUGUUGGAUUGAUAAUACUCCAUUACCAUCUCCUAAACCAGGCACUGAUAUCUUAACAGAACUUUCUGAGGACAAUCAAAGACUGAGGAGAAAGAACUUGAUGCUCUUAUCAGAACUCACUCACAUGAAGAAUCUGUACAAUGACAUCAUAUAUUUCAUCCAAAAUCAUGUGAGUCCUGCUCAACAAAGAAGUAGCAACAAUGCUAUCUUCAAAGUUGUGGAACUGGAUUCAUCAUCACCUCAAUCACCAAAUGUUAUCAUACCUACUAAGAGUUGUGCUAUGGAGAAGUCUUUCAUAACUUCUAGUGAGGACUCUAAUAAUUCUGUGAAGCUCUUUGGAGUUCCUCUUUGUGGAAAAAAGAGAUUGCACCAAAGUAACCUUGAUCAACAAGAAUAAAGAGCAUGAUGUUUGGAUGAACUUCCCUUUUCUUAGAAUCAAUUUUAGUACGUACAAUCUACUCACAGAAGCUUCUCCUCGUAAUUGAUUUUGACUUCACAAUCAAUUUUAGAAGGACUAAUUCGUAGUUAGUGCUUGCCAUGACUAUUAGCUUGUAUUAGACAGCUCUGGUUGUUUUUGUAGGCAUUUGAAGAGAAUUUUCUUGUCAUGUAUAGCAGAGGCUGAAGCUAAGAUUAAUCAGGCUUAGUUACUUAUUCAGAAUUCUCCAUUAGUUUAUCUAUUUCUGAAAAAAAGGCAAUUGUUUUGUUUG